AUGGCGCCAGUCUCCAUCCUGGCAAGACUCCGGGGCAUGUACUCGGGGAAGAUGGAUGAACCCGCGUUGUCAGUGCACUCCGUGGUGCUGGUCUCGAUCCUCCUCACAUGCGUCUAUGUGGCCCCUUUCUAUCUCUCCCCAGCCACGCGACCAUCUCCCAGCCUGAGCAGAGACGCGCCUUCUGUGAUCCGCGCGCGCAUUCGCGCCGUCACGGCGUCUUGCUUCGUUAGCUCUGUCGUCGUGCUGUGGAUCAUUGUCGAAGAAGGCAAUUCCUCGUUCGGCGCCGCGCUCAGCGCCCUUGGCUGGUGGCCCAUCGAUCUGGGUGACAUCAUCCGCUGUGUCUUGCUAACUGCCAUCCUCUUCCUGGGGCCCCUGUUCGAGAGGGGCGUGGUCGAGGGCGAAUGGCGGAGUUGGUUUCGCAGAGCCAAGUUCUCUGAGAGUCUGGGCGGCUGGAUUGGGUGGCGCAAUUAUGUGGCCGGCCCUGUGACGGAGGAAAUCAUGUUCCGCUCUGCCAUCAUUCCGCUGCAUAUGCUGGCGGAGGUGUCUCCCAGCCGGAUUGUCUUCGUGGCACCGCUGUACUUUGGCAUCGCACAUGUGCACCACUUCUACGAGUUCUGGCUGACGCAUCCGGACACCGCAGUGCUGGCCGCGGUGCUGCGGUCGCUGUUCCAGUUUGGUUACACGACUAUUUUUGGCUGGUAUGCCACGUUCCUGUAUCUCCGAACGGGAUCUCUGCCGGCGGUGAUUCUCGUCCACAGCUUCUGCAACUGGUGCGGCCUGCCUCGGUUUUGGGGACGGGUGGAGGCCGGUGAGCCGCUUGGUCCGCCUUUGGCAAAGUCCAAGGAGGAUGCUGAUGGUAAUGCCUCCAGUUCGGUGUACGUGGCGGACGGCACCCUGGGCAUUGGUUGGACUGUUGCGUACUACAUCUUCCUGGUUACGGGGGCUGUGGCCUUCGGGCUCACUCUGUGGCCGCUGACGGAGUCGUAUCAUGCUUUGACUUCUUUUUCGACGAGCGCAACAACCUCGUCGUCAUGA